AUGGCGUUCCACGUCGCCAAAGUCCCCUAUCUCCAGUUUGACUUGCAUCAGCUCAGCAAUAAUUGGCACGAGGUCAUCGAGUUCAACCACGUCUUGCCUCAAAAGCAAGUCUACCGCAUACGCUGCGGAGGGACUUCGAUCAACGUGGCCAGUGGGAAUGGUAUGAUGGGGUCGUACCUGAAGUUGAAAGAGACGGACUAUGCCCAGUGUCAGUUCCAAGGUGAUGAUGGUGGCCCGAGGUACUACAAGGCAUUUGUCCAUGCCAGCAAGCGAGACGGUGCACCGUGCUGGCUGGUGCGAAUGCCAGAAGUGUGGCCGAACGUGAAGGUGCUGCAAAUGGACAUUGCUGACAAGCAGAUCCAUGUGUCGUUGGCGUUCACCGGGGAGCACCUGAUUUCUCUGAAGUUCCGCGGCAAAAAAACCUUUGACUUCUUGGAGGAGGUCGUCAUUGCCUGGGAUCUGAAGUAUGAUCAUGACCCGCUAUGCAGACUGUGUGGCUUCUCCUUUGUCCACCUGGCCUACAAGAUUGACGAGAAGGAUUGGAUCAAGCCUAUGGAGGAGACGUUGGGACUUGUACAGCCACAGGCCAAGGCACGCCCCAAAGCUGGUGCAGUGAAGAAGCCGGCAGCGAAGAAAUAG